ACUUCUCCAAUGGAGGCCUUCGAAACCGAGACGAAAAACGCCCUAAUGGUAGAAAGAUCAGUCCCUGUCGCCAUCCUGCCCGAGCAAGAGACACCCGGCGGUUCCCUCUUCUUGAGUAACCUCGACCAAGCAGAUUUUUUCAUCCCCUCGGUUUAUUCUUUCGAUGGGAGCGAGGCGAACACUGUUGACGUGAUUAAGCAAGCUCUGUCCAAAGUUUUGGUUCAUUACUAUCCGCUUGCGGGGAGGUUAACUAGAAACUCUGAGGGGAAGUUGGCAGUUGAUUGCCAGAAGAAGUUAGGAGUGCCAUUUGUGGAGGCAUCGGCCAAUUGCGACAUCGUAAAUCUGGGUGAUAAGCGGCUUCUCGAUUCUAAUGUUUUACAAAAGCUUGUUUAUAGGGAUUUUCCAGAGGAUAUGCGAGAAGUUGCACCCCUUUUAACAGCACAGGUAACACAAUUUAGAUGUGGAGGUUUCACUUUAGGGAUCGCAAUCAACCAUUGCAUGGUGGAUGCUUCCUCGGGAAUGAAUUUCAUGAACUCAUGGGCUGAAAUAGCAAGAGGUAGACCUUUAUCCCUCGUCCCUUGUCACGAUAGAACCAUUAUGAAGUCAAGGGUUCCUCCUCAAAUCACCGAUGCUUCCGACAACUUUGUUCACGUAAGUGAUGUAUCAAACUUGACGGCAUUAUACGAGGAAGAGCAAAUCGUGUGGAAAUCUUUCCACUUCGACAGUGAGAAGCUGGCAACCCUUAAAAACAUGGCAACAACCGAUGGACAGGUAAUAAGCAGUUGCUCCAGCUUCGUUGCACUUGGAGCCCUAGUUUGGCGGGCUCGAAGCAAGGCACUCGAUUUAAAACCGCACCAACUGUCAAAACUUCUUGUUCCGGUUGAUUUCAGGUCUAAGCUGAAACCGCCGAUACCCAGAUACUUUGGGAAUGCUUUGGUCGAAGCUUGCUGUCUCUGCACCGCAGGAGAGUUAAUCGAUGAGCCCUUCUCUUCCACCGCGGGGAGAAUAAAGAAGGCGAUCGAGAGGGUGAACGAGGACUACGUGUGGUCAUGCAUAGACUCGUUGGACGUGCAUCAAUUUGACCUUUUCUCGUUGAGCUCGCUAGUUUUGGUUUCAUGGCAAAGGUUGGAUUAUGGCUCCACGGACUUUGGAUGGGGGAAGCCAAGGAAUUUUGGCACCGGUGACCUGCCGCCGGGUUGUCUAUUUAUGAGGGAUGAGAGUGAGAGGAAGGGCAUUGUGGUGGUGCUGGGUUUGCCACUUUCGGCCAUGAACACUUUCGAGAAGCUGGUCCAACUUGAGUGA